GCUGUCCGCGCCCGCCGGAGGCCCGACGGUUCCUGCCGCGCUUCCUGCUCAGCGUCUCCACGGGGCAGCGCCCCGGCCUGCGGCAUGUCUCGGCGGCGGCACAGCGACGAGAACGACGGAGGACAACCUCACAAAAGGAGAAAGACCUCUGAUGCCAAUGAAACUGAAGAUCAUUUGGAAUCUUUAAUAUGCAAAGUAGGGGAAAAGAGUGCCUGCUCUUUGGAGAGCAACCUGGAAGGCUUGGCUGGUGUUUUGGAAGCUGAUCUUCCUAACUACAAGAGCAAGAUCUUAAGGCUUCUUUGUACAGUUGCACGUCUAUUACCUGAGAAGUUGACAAUUUAUACAACAUUAGUUGGACUCCUCAAUGCUAGAAAUUACAACUUCGGUGGAGAAUUUGUAGAAGCCAUGAUUCGUCAACUUAAAGAAUCAUUGAAAGCAAACAAUUAUAAUGAAGCUGUAUAUUUGGUCCGUUUUUUAUCUGAUCUUGUGAACUGUCAUGUCAUUGCUGCCCCAUCAAUGGUUGCUAUGUUUGAAAAUUUUGUAAAUGUAACUCAGGAAGAAGAUGUGCCUCAGGUGCGACGGGAUUGGUACGUGUAUGCGUUUCUAUCAUCUUUGCCCUGGGUUGGAAAGGAGUUGUAUGAAAAAAAAGAUGCAGAAAUGGACCGCAUCUUUGCCAACACUGAAAGCUAUCUUAAAAGACGACAGAAGACUCACAUGCCCAUGUUACAAGUAUGGACUGCUGAGAAACCACAUCCCCAAGAAGAGUAUUUAGAUUGCCUGUGGGCCCAGAUUCAGAAAUUGAAAAAGGAUCGCUGGCAGGAGCGGCACAUCUUAAGACCUUAUCUUGCCUUUGACAGCAUCCUGUGUGAAGCACUACAGCACAAUCUGCCUCCUUUCACACCACCUCCCCACACUGAAGAUUCAGUGUACCCAAUGCCUAGGGUCAUCUUCAGAAUGUUUGAUUAUACAGAUGAUCCUGAGGGUCCUGUAAUGCCAGGGAGUCAUUCAGUGGAGAGAUUUGUAAUAGAAGAGAAUCUUCACUGCAUAAUUAAGUCCCACUGGAAAGAAAGGAAGACUUGUGCUGCACAGCUAGUGAGCUAUCCAGGGAAGAACAAGAUCCCCUUGAACUACCACAUAGUUGAGGUGAUCUUUGCAGAACUAUUUCAACUUCCAGCACCCCCUCACAUUGAUGUGAUGUAUACCACACUUCUCAUUGAACUGUGCAAACUUCAGCCUGGCUCUCUGCCCCAAGUUCUUGCACAAGCAACUGAAAUGUUAUACAUGCGUUUGGACACAAUGAAUACUACAUGUGUAGACAGGUUUAUUAACUGGUUUUCUCAUCAUCUAAGUAACUUCCAGUUCCGUUGGAGCUGGGAAGAUUGGUCAGAUUGUCUUACUCAAGAUCCUGAAAGUCCCAAGCCAAAGUUUGUAAGAGAAGUUCUAGAAAAAUGUAUGAGGUUGUCUUACCAUCAGCGUAUAUUAGAUAUUGUUCCUCCUACAUUCUCAGCUCUAUGUCCUGCAAACCCAACCUGCAUUUACAAGUUUGGAGAUGAAAGUAGCAAUUCCCUUCCUGGACAUUCUGUUGCCCUUUGUUUAGCUGUUGCCUUUAAAAGUAAAGCAACCAAUGAUGAAAUCUUCAGCAUUCUGAAAGAUGUACCAAACCCUAACCAGGAUGACGAUGAUGAUGAAGGAUUCAGUUUUAAUCCAUUGAAAAUAGAGGUCUUUGUGCAGACUCUGCUACAUUUGGCAGCCAAAUCACUCAGCCACUCCUUCAGCGCUCUCGCAAAGUUUCAUGAAGUCUUCAAAACUCUAGCUGAAAGUGAUGAGGGAAAGCUACAUGUUUUAAGAGUUAUGUUUGAGGUCUGGAGGAACCAUCCACAGAUGAUUGCUGUACUAGUGGAUAAGAUGAUUCGUACACAGAUUGUUGAUUGCGCUGCAGUAGCAAAUUGGAUCUUCUCUUCAGAAUUAUCUCGUGACUUUAUUAGAUUGUUUGUUUGGGAAAUCUUGCAUUCCACCAUUCGUAAGAUGAACAAACACGUUCUGAAGAUCCAGAAAGAACUAGAAGAAGCUAAAGAAAAACUUGCAAGGCAACACAAACGGCGAAGUGAUGAUGAUGACAGAAGCAGUGACAGGAAGGAUGGGGCUCUUGAGGAACAAAUAGAAAGGCUACAAGAAAGAGUGGAAUCUGCUCAGAGUGAACAAAAGAACCUCUUCCUUGUCAUAUUUCAGCGUUUCAUCAUGAUCUUGACCGAGCACUUAGUACGAUGUGAAACUGACGGGACCACUGUGUUAACACCAUGGUAUAAGAACUGUAUAGAGAGGCUCCAACAGAUCUUCUUACAGCAUCACCAAAUAAUCCAGCAGUACAUGGUGACCUUGGAGAACCUGCUCUUCACUGCUGAAUUAGACCCUCAUAUCUUGGCUGUGUUCCAGCAGUUCUGUGCCCUACAGGCCUAAGGGUUAUUUCCCCCCCUUGUGUUAAGAAUAAUUUCUUAUUUUUUUGAUGGUUUGAAUGCUUGCUUUCUUGUAGUAUCCUUUUUCUUAUUAAAGGAAACAAAGGGAAGGAGGACAGUAAAGAAUGUGGCAUUGAUUACCGUAAUUGCCCCCAAAAACGCAAAUAUUCCCUAAUGACAAUAAUGUGACGAUGAACCUAGGCUGUUUAUAUAUGUGACAGAUACAACUUUUUUGCAAGUUUUCCUUAAGGCACAAAGGUAACUGAUUUGAGAUGUAAGACACGAGCGGGCAAGCUUACAUAGUAGUCUGUAGAACUGAUGGGUUUAUUACCAAGUAGCGUACCUUUUCACAAUUCAUGGAUAACCCAACAUGGCUGAAAUAAAACUAAAAUAUGUUUUUUAAACUUUGGUAUUUCAUGAUUUAUCAUCUCAAUCUGUUUUAAAAUGAGUGAUUUCUUACUGAGGGUGUACUUAGCUCCAUUUGAAAUUUCCUCUUCAACAUAUUUUUCACUGUAGUGUUUUAAGAUAGUAGUUACUAAAAAGUACUGAGAGUGGUAGUUCCCCAGUUUGUUUGAACAGAAGUCACUUGGGUACCUAUAAAGUUUGGGUUUUAAUCAAACCACAAUCUCUGGGGGACAGACAUCAGUAGUUCUUAAGGUUCCCCAGGUGAUGGCUGAUGGCAAUGUGCAGACAAAUUUGGGAACUAUUACCUUAAAGUAUCUGGUCAUUUCCUCUUGUCUCUGAAACGUUCUUCAAAGGUCAUAUAUAGUGAGUGACAUGUGAAAGUAGAACUAGAAGUAGUUAGAUUGGGUAAAACUAAACAUGGAAUUAGAUGUAGAUUAAAGUUUGUUUCUGUGGAACCUGGUCCAAGUACCUACUAAUUCCUGAGCCAUUUUCCUAGUGAUCUUGCAGUUUAAAAUAAUAUGAGUGCACUGUGAAGGAGCAAACAGGAAUAAGGGAUUAUAUCUGACUUCCCAAAUUUCUAUCAUUUAGACUUUUUUCAUUAAACCUUAGAAAAACCUUAUAAAUAAUCCCACAACAGAAAGUAUUUCUGUGCAUUUGUACUACAGGAUUUUUAUGCUGAUUAUAAAUUUACAAUGCAUUAAGCACUUUCCAUAUCAUUACAUGGUCUGUUUGCUUUAACCAUGUGUCUAGUGGGUACAGGACAUAGUCUUCCCAGUAGAUGGGAAUUCCUAGGAUUUUUAAAUAGCAUCCCAUUUAAGAAAUAAUUUAUUCACAGAUUAAGGUUUUAUGGCAAGACACUAGCAGGAACGGGACUAAAGCCCAGGUUUGUAGCUAAAUAUUGUUUGUUUCUACAGUGCUUCUUCCCUAACUAUGUAAUAGUUAGAAAUGUCUCCUGUAAGACCAAAGGAUAACCAUUUAAGGCUUAGUAACAUUACCUGAAUGUGAAUUCAGAUAAUCCUUUCAUAACAUAUUGCAAAGUCUGGCUAAACUUGCUUGAUCCAAAUUCUAGAGGAAUUUCUACAUUUCCAUUUCCUGUCUCUUGAAACCUCUCUUAAUGAAUGGGUGCUUCGAACAACUAUUGACUGAUGUGGCCCUGGUCUGUACCAGUCUGGCUAGGUAUAUGGAAAACUGAGCUGGAGACUGAAUCUUGAAGAAAUAAAGGUGCUAUAGCAAACAUUCGACAGUUACUUUCUCCACUAUGGAAGCCCUCAUA